CGCAGUGUGCGACUCGCUCCCACAAAUGACUGCAGGGAUCCACCUGCGCUACUAAUAUGUGACAAAGGAGCAGAAGCGCACAUUUCACCUAUUUGUUGUCUGUAGAUGCGUGAUGUGAAUCUCCGGUUCAGCAGAUCCUAAAGCUGCUCUACUGGAUGGAGAUCUGAUGACUGUGCAGGACAUCUGAGUUUGGUAGAGGAUGUACACUCCGGCAGCUGAUACGGGAGUGACGGUGGUGGAGGAAGACGCCACUCUGAGCAAUGCCUACUCUCCCGUCGACUACAUGAGCAUCACCAGCUUCCCUCGACUGCCAGAAGAUGAGGUUUCAGCUGACAACACGGUCAAACCACGCAAAGAUGACGACAACUUCCUCAGUGAGCAGGAAGCAGCAGACCCAGAUCUGUUCCUGAAGUCAGCCCGUCUGCAGCGUCUGCCAUCCUCCGCCUCUGAUUUGGCCAGUCAUGACGUGUCUCCUCUGCGGGAGACCAGCAGAGACCCGCUGGCUCAGGAGUGCGCCUGCACCCGCGACGGCCUCACAGUCAUCAUCACUGCCUGCCUGACCUUUGCCACCGGCGUCACUGUGGCCCUCAUCAUGCAGAUCUACUUUGGAGAGCCGCAGGUGUAUAGUCAGGCUGCAGUAGUGACGGAUGUGUCCCGCUGCACGGCUCUGGGUUUGGAUGUUUUGGGGAAGCAGGGCUCCAGUGUGGACGCAGCCAUCGCCGCCUCCCUCUGCCUGGGCAUCAUCCACCCCCACAGCUCAGGCAUCGGCGGCGGUGGUGUGAUGCUGGUCCAUGACAUCCGCAAGAAUGAGAGCCGCGUCAUUGACUUCCGAGAGACGGCGCCCUCCGGCCUUCACGAGGACAUGAUGCAGCACGCCAGCCACAGGCCGGGUCUGACCGUGGCUGUUCCAGGACUGAUCAGUGGACUCCAUCAGGCCCAUCAGCUCUACGGCAGGAUGUCCUGGAAAGACGUGGUCUCAAUGGCUGCAGAUGUGGCGAGGAAUGGAUUCAAUAUUACUCAUGAACUGGCUGACGCUCUGUCUAAAGUGAAGCAGCAGAACGUGUCGGACUCUUUCAGAGAUGUGUUUCUGCCCACCGGUCAGCCUCCCCUCGCCGGACUCUUCGCUAGACGCCUCGAUUUAGCUGCUCUUUUAGAUCAGAUCGCAGCCAAUGGCAUCUCAGAGUUUUACAGCAGCAAUCUGACCCAGGAAAUGACAUCAGCGGUUCAAGCUAACGGAGGAGUGCUGACGGAGGAGGACUUCAGAAACUACACCACCGUCAUCCAGACACCUCUGCAGAGUCUUUACCAGGGACAGCAGGUGUUUGUUCCUCCUCCUCCUCAGGCCGGCAUCGCUCUGCUCUCCGCGCUAAACAUCCUGGAGGGAUUCAACAUCAGCAGCCAGACGCCCCGGAGCAGCGUCUACCACUGGGUGGCGGAGUCUCUGAAGAUCGCUCUGUCUCAGGCCAGUGGAUUAGGAGACUCCAUGUUUGAUUCAUCGGUGUCGGAGCUGGUGGCAGAGAUGCUCAGUAAGACGCAGGCGGCGGUGUUCCGUCAGAUGAUCAGUGACACUCUGGCGUCCACCGCUGACCACUACACGCCGUCGUAUGAGCUGCAGGACACCAAUGAGGCCAGUCAGAUCUCCAUCAUGGGCACAGACGACCUGAUAGUCUCCGUCAUGAGCUCUCUGAACCGUCCGUUUGGCAGUGGUAUUGUGACGUCCUCUGGGAUCCUCCUCAACAGCCAGAUUCUGGAUUUUUCCUGGCCCAACAAAACCCUCAGCUCCGCAGCUUUCAAUCAGCGUAACAGCAUUGCUCCAGGUAAGAGGCCUCUGUCGUUCCUGCUGCCGCUGGCUGUGCGUCCGUCUGUGGGUCAGUGCGGGACAUACAUCGCUCUGGGCUCCUGCAGUGGAGAUCGGGCUCUCAGUGGCAUCACACAGGUGCUGGUUAAUGUAUUAUCGUGCCGCAGAAACAUGAGUGAGAGCGUGUCUUCUGGUCGUCUGCAUCCUCUGAUCUCCAACAACUCUCUGCUGGUGGACGCUGUGUUCCAGGAGGCGGAUGUGAAGGCUCUGCAGGCGAAGGGUCAUGAUGUGCUGAGGGUGGAGCGUCUGUCUCUAGUGGAGGGAACCCGCAGAACCAACGACCUGAUCAUCGGCGUCAAGGACCCCCGCAGCAGCGACGCCGCCGCACUCUCCAUGGCCAUGCCUUAGACACACACACACACACACAACUACACCCACUCAGACAUUCACAAUCACACAGAUGUUCAAUUACAGACACGCAUAAGCACUCACUCAAACACACACACAUAUACGGUACCUACACACAAGCACACAUAGACACACCCACACUUACUCAGACACACAAACACACUCAGAAACACAAAUAUACACACAUAUACAUAUAUACACCCUCGCAGACAUACACAAUCACACAGAUGUUCGAUUACAGACACGCAUAAGCACUCACUCAAACACACACACACAUACGCACACACAUAGUACCUGCACACAUAGACACACCCACACUUACUCGGACACACAAACACACUCAGACACACAUAUAUACACACUCACAGACAUUCGCGUACACACACACACAUAUACAUACACAAAUUUUAACUCUCACAUAUCUACACACACCCACAUUCACUCAAACGCACAGACACACACCUGUACACACACACACACAUACCUACACUCACUCAAACACACAGACAAACACUCAUUCACAUAUUCUCUCACACACACACACUCUCAAACAAAGACAUAUGCACACACAUAUAUAAAACUACACACACAUGUAAUCACACAGACAUAUGCAUGCAUACAUACAACUACACACACACACACUAGCACAAAAACACACUCAGACACACAAACCUACACUAUAAACACAAAACUCUCUCUCACACACACACACACACAAACACACACACACAGUGAUGAUGAUGAUGACAGCUGAAUGAUGGCAGUGUGUGUCAUUGAUGAAGAACGACUCUGGUUAUCUCCCAUGAGCUGUCAGAUCACGUGCGUAUCAAUCCUCAUCGUUAUUUAUUGUAGACACUUUGCACUUUGUGGAAAUCUAGUGAGGUCAUCAGAACCAUAGAUAUGUCAAUGCAGAUGCCACAUUCAGCAGAGACGUUCAGGCGUCCGCCAUCCUGGAACAGUCAAGAUGACACACAUCUGCAGCCGGUGUACACAACACUGGGAUUUAAAAGUGAAACCUUCACAGUUGUGUUUAUAUUUGCAUUAACUCAAUAUUUACAGUACUGAGCACUCAGCAUAACUCGAUAUACUCAAUAUUUUAAACUGUGGUAACUUCUAAGUGUCCUGUCAGCUAAUGCCUUUGUGUUGCUGUAUUGCUAAUGCUAAUUAGCAAAGUCUCCUCUCGGAUUCUGUUGCAGAUAGAUAUUUAUACACGUGUAAAUCUGUUCUUGAAGACGGUUCACUUGCUCUCUAAUGUUUAUGGAUUGACUUUUAUCAUUUGAGUUUUGCAGAUGGGUCAAUAAAGCAGCCUAUAGAAACUAA